AUUCUUCUCUUCCUUCAUUCCCCGCUCUCAGUUGUGUCCAAUCUUACAUGUUACUCUUUCGUUAGGCCCACCAGACUAUCACUAUGUGCGGCAUUAUUGCGAGUUGUAUCUGCCGUCAAGCUCUGGAUACGACGAACAUACACGGCAAUGCUAUCGGCCACACAAACAAUAUUGUCAGAGGCACCAAUAGCAACCCAACCAAGAGCCAAGCGGAGGAGGCUAUCGAUGAUACCGCGGGCGAGGCCUUAGCCAAGCAACUCCAAGCUGGCAUUGACACCAUCAAAUAUCGCGGGCCAGAUGGGUCUGGUGUUUGGGUGAGCUCUGACGCCAGUGUAGGUCUCGCACACUGCCGACUCUCCAUCAUCGAUCCAACUCCCAACGGCGCCCAGCCCCUGCACAGCGAUGACGGUCUGACCCAUGCUGUAGUCAACGGGGAGAUAUAUGAUCACGAUCGCUUGCGCGAGGCCUGUGCGAUUGAGCAUGGGUAUACAUUCACCGGUCACAGUGAUAGUGAGUUGGUUGUCGCCUUGUAUAAGAUCUACGGCGCGCCGGGCCUUUUUGAACACUUUCGUGGGGAGUUUGCCUUCGUGCUGUUUGAUGAGAGAAAAAAUAGCAAAAGACUCAUCGCCGGCCGCGACCGAUUUGGCAUCAAGCCUCUGGUAUGGACCACUCUCGGCGAUCGAGUCCUCUUUGCGGCAGAAGCCAAGGCAUUCCUUUCUUUAGGCUGGAAACCCGAGUGGGAUGUCCGUAGCAUCACCGACGCUGGUUGGAUGAUUGACGACAGGACCCUCUUUAGAGGCGUGAGAAAGGUGAUGCCGGGGCACUGGAUUGAGAUCACCGAUGAGCGCGGUUUGGAGGUCCACAAGUAUUGGGAUGCCGAGUAUCCCGCCAAGAUGAAGCCAGAUCCUCGAACGAUUGAUGAAAUGGUUCUUGGAGUACGUGAAAGACUUGUCGAGGCUGUUCGAAUCCGGCUACAAGCCGAUGUUCCGGUAGGGGUCUACCUUUCCGGCGGUAUCGACUCAUCAGCCGUAGCAGGCAUAGUGACAGAGCUGGCGAGUAAGGAGCAUGUUAAAAUCGGCAGCAAGCAAGAUACAGAAGUUGUCUGCUUUACUAUUCGGUUUCCACACGAAUCAGGCUAUGAUGAGUCUGGCAUUGCUGAUCGUACGGCUGAAUGGCUAGGUAUCAAAAUCAUCAAGAAGGACAUCGACGAGGAGACUCUUGCGAACAGUUUCGCUGAUAUGGCAUAUCACUCUGAGCACCACCAUUUUGACCUCAAUUCGGUUGCCAAAUUCGCUCUGUCAGCUUUACCCCGUGAGCAUGGCAUCAAAGUCGUUUUAACCGGCGAGGGGUCCGAUGAACACUUCUUGGGAUACACGUACCUCCCCGCCGAGUUCUUACGUGAACCUGACUUGAGCUCGCCCGAUUCAAUCUUGACCAAAGAUAAUGCCUUGCGUGAGAAAUUGCAGAAAUCUGCCGCUGCAGAGAUUAAUGCUAUUGUGGGCUCUCAAGGCUGGGCAGAGGAUGAGCACCUACUCGGUCCUGAUGCUACGGUUCCGACGGAUGUUAAUAGGAACGCGGUGCCCAAUGCUCUCUUAGCCAUGCGGCCUCCGGAUGCCAUUUUCCUGCAACAGAUACGAGACCAGUAUCAGGCCAAGUGGGAUAUGCGUGACACCUUCUUGGCCAGCUAUUCGACCGAAGUGCGGGCAAAGAUACGAGAAAAGUGGCAUCCCGCGCAUACUGCCAUGUAUAUGUGGAAUAAGAGCGCGUUGAUCAACGUCAUCUUAUCCUGCCUGGGCGACCGUGCCGAGAUGGCACACGGUAUUGAAGGGCGCACACCAUUCCUAGACCAUCACCUAGCCGAAUAUGUCAACUCACUGCCGCCAAGCACUAAGCUCAAGUACACACCACCCGAAGAGGGCGAUCAGGACAAGGUUGAAAACUUUUGGUGGAACUCUGCCGGUUCAGCCCUACGGUCUCUCACGGAGAAGUGGAUCUUACGAGAGGCUGUUCGCCCCUACAUCACUGACGAGCUCUAUGCUCGCAAAAAGGUCCCUUUUCUCGCCCCUGCGCGCUGGCCUAGAGAUGGCCCGCUGCACAACAUGUUUAGGAAGCUCCUGUCUCCCGAGGCGGUGGACAACCUUGGCUUCGUUGAUGGUCGUGUUAUUGAGGAGGCGUUGAACGGGGCCUUUGGUGACGAUGGCGAUCCGGCGCUGUUUCGCCUUCUAUGUUACGCGGGUAGCUGGGUGGUAUUGGCAAACAGAUUCAGUAUUAAGAAGACAUCCAUUGAGGAAUCUGGCUGGUUGAACUAGGCUUGGUACUGGAGAUGCUGGGAGUAGGCUAGACGGGUUUCUGAUGGCCAUCUAGUGUAGUGGUGACUUGAAGCAAGUAUCUGUCGGAAUUCCGCUAUGGCAAAAGGGAAUGAUCACUCCUCUUGCCGGUAGCGUGAUUGUAGCCCAUAUCUCCGUCUGACAGUAUCGAGAGCAGAAAUGGACGACGAGUCAGGUGGAGAAAUGGCGAGAUGAUGCUAGUUAAAGGGGGUGUCAUUAG